CAAUCCUGGAUAGGACCUCGGCGCCAUCUUCACUGCCACUCACCAUGCCACCCGUUCCACUGCCCCUUUGAAACAUAUCUUCGCCUCCAAUGCAUACGCGUGGUGGCAUGCUUUUCUAUUGCCAGGACUCCUUCCUUUCCCUCUCCCUUGCGUGUGUCCGGUGUGCAUAAUCGUCGAGACAGCAUUCUCACCUUGGGACAUAUCCGCCUCACCAAAAUGCCUUUCGAUACCAAAGACACCGAUGUCUACCGUCGCAACGAGAAGUCUGGCGGGAAACUCCUCACUCCGGAAGAGAGGUUGAAGCUUCUGGAGCCAUACCUACCACCUACGAAACAGGACCAGGACCGCGAGGACCGGGCUCAGGCCUGGCGCAUCACGUUUGGUGUUAGGAACUUCCUCAAAACGCAACUUCACAUCCUGACCUUCACAAUCAUCCACGCAAUUUUCUCCAUCUACAUCCACACCCGCAAGGCCUAUCAUGCCGUCCGCGACCGCACUUGCUCCAUAUUCUUCUACCACCACCGCGACCCUGCGAUGAUCCAGAGGGAUGUGAGGCGACUUAGCAAAGUCCCAACAGUCUUGAGUGUUAUCCUGAGGGUGGAUGAAGACGAAAAAGGCGGCGCAGAGCUGGAGCGCCUUGUGAACGAGGUUGCCGAGGUUUCCGCGUGGUGCGCGAGCGCCGGCAUACCUGCGUUGAACGUCUACGAGAAGACAGGCCUUCUCAAGCAGUACCUCCCCGAAACGCAUCGAGCAAUCUCUCAGAACCUGCGAUCCUACUUUGGCAAGCAACAUCCCACGCUGACGGUGUGCGCGCCCCAUGCCCAGUCGAUAGAGUCCCCGUCCAGCUCACAGAACGCGGACUUUGGGGGGGCAGCUAGUCACCUCACCAUGCGGUUAAUAUGCGCCGAAGAUGGCCGCGACUCCAUGGUCGAUCUGACGAAGACGCUGGCGGAAAUGGCCCAGAAGCAUAAGAUAUCUCCUGCCGACAUCGAACAGCGACUUCUUGACGUGGAGCUCCGAGAGAGCGUCAUGGAGGAAUCCGACCUGCUGAUCAUCUUCGGGCCACAGAUCGAGUUCCAGGGAUAUCCACCGUGGCACCUGCAUCUCACAGAGGUCUACCACGUACCUGACAAUGAGAGCGUCGGGUACCAGGUCUUCUACAGUGGCCUCUGCAAAUAUGCGAACGCUCAAUUCAGGCUAGGACGGUAGUUGUCUGACAGAGCUGUGAAUUACACACAGUGCAUGGGCAGAGGAGUUAAGGUGCAGCAUAGACAUGUUUCAAGUUUUAUACCCUCCUUCAAGGAAUCCACGUCCUCAUUUCUUGAGCAACCUUGUCCCAUUUAUAGACCGGUCCAGUCCCCACAUUAUAAUUGUAGUAGUUGCUGGUCCCGCC